GUCCGCUGUACCCGCGACUUGUGGAUAGUGAGACACAGUACCAAUCGAUAGUUGAAAUUGAAAUAUUUAAACAAGAUAAAUAAAAUAUUACUAGGAAUAAUGUCGAGUAUAUUUUACGCAAUACUUUAUAUCUUCUAUGUAUCGUAUUGUGUAAAAGCAAUAGAUAUAUACGAUGAUGAAGGUUUCGCUUUUGUGGAAAAUGAACCGGACAAUAUAGUUAACUCCGACAAAAACAAUGCCAAUGUUGAAAGUUUAAGGAAUGCACGUAUACUUUGGCCUUAUCCUUUUAACAACCGAAGCGAUUCCAUAAAGGAUAAUGAAAAAUCUGGCACAAAGGAAAAUGAACCCCAUUUAUCUAAACUUAAAAGUCAAAAUAGGAAAGCCCGUUUCGGUUACGGAUCCUAUCUCCACAGUCCCAUGCUUGAAAUGGUAAUGCAAACCAUGGGUAUGAAUUACUCCCCUACAUCUGGAGGUGAUCCAUUCAAUUUUUUGAGAGAUACGUACGCAUUACCAAAAGGCUACGACAAACCUUUAGAGGAAUAUGAUUACAUCAUCGUUGGUGCUGGUACAGCUGGAUCUGUGAUAGCAGCUCGGCUCACUGAAGACAAACCUAGAGCCACAGUUUUGGUCAUAGAAGCAGGAAAACCAGAAAUGGUAAUAUCAGAUAUCCCAGCGCUAGUCAAUCAUAUACAGAGAUCGGAUUAUGUCUGGCCGUACACGAUGGAACAUCAGCCUGGAGUCUGCUUUGGUAGUGAAGAAGAACGUUGUUACAUUCCGCGAGGUAAAGCCGUCGGUGGUUCCAGUGUCACGAACAGUAUGAUCUAUGCAAGAGGACGACCAUAUGACUGGGACAGAAUUGCUGCUGCUGGAAAUAACGGAUGGUCAUACAAUGAAAUUUUACCUUAUUACAUGAAGUCUGAAAAAUCUGAAUUAAAGAAAUACAAAACCAAGCCAUAUCAUGGUCGUGAUGGCGAGCUUACCGUCGAAAACGUUCCAUUUAAAACUGGUCUCGUGGAAGCUUUUCUUGCAGCUGGAAGAUCUUUUGGGCAUCCUACGAUAGACUACAAUGAUCCUGAUCAAUUAGGGUUUGGCUAUGUGCAGACAAUUUCAAAUAAAGGGCACAGACUAAGUACCGCAAAAGCAUUUCUUCACCCGCAUAAACGUCGCAGAAAUUUACACAUUUUAUCCGAAGCCAAGGCUACCAAAAUUUUAAUUGAUCCAGAGACAAAAAGGGCAUAUGCUGUUGAAUACAGUCAAAACUACAUCAAACAUGUGGUACGAUGUAGGAGGGAAAUCAUUUUAUCAGCCGGUCCAAUAGCCUCUCCUCAAUUACUUAUGUUGUCUGGAGUCGGCCCCAAAGAAAAUUUGCAAAUGCUUGGGAUACCAAUAAUUGCAGAUUUAAAAGUUGGAAGGAGUCUAUAUGAUCAAAUUAGCUUUCCAGGGAUCAUUUUUAAAUUAAAUACCACUAACGCUAGUCUUUUAGAACAUAAAGUCGCAACGUUACCAAACUUUAUGCAGUGGCUUCAAUUUGGUGAUGGUCUCCUAACAACCCCCGGGGGAGUAGAAGCUGUUGGAUAUUUAAAAACCAGUUUAUCUGAUGAACCGGAAUCAGUACCAGAUAUUGAAUUAAUAAGUAUGGGAGGCUCAAUUACUUCGGAUUCUGGAACAACAAUUAGAAGAAGUUGGAAAAUAUCCGAUAGAACAUAUUUCAAAGCAUUCGGAGACCUAAAAGGUGCUGACACGUGGCAAGCUAUACCUACUCUUUUAAAACCAAAAUCGAAAGGUUAUUUGGAGCUUCGUGAUACAAAUCCUUUUUCUCAUCCAAAAUUGUUCGGUAAUUAUUUAACUGACCGAAGAGAUAUAGCUGCAAUUAAAGAAGCUGUUCGAUACAUUAUUGAACUAGGCGAAUCCGAUUCAUUUAGAAAAUAUAAUGCGUCUUUAUAUUUACCAACAUAUCCUUCUUGUUCCUCUUAUCAGUUAGGAUCUGAACCUUACUGGGAAUGUGCGAUUAAAACUAUGAUUGUAUCUCUUCACAACCCAAUAUCUACUUGUAAAAUGGGACCCCCUACUGAUCCCGAUGCUGUGGUAGACCCCGAGCUAAGAGUAUAUGGUGUUGAGGGCUUAAGGGUUGCUGACGGCAGCGUACUACCUCAACCCAUAAGUGCACGAACAAAUGUCGCAGAAAUUGUAAUUGGUGAAAAAGCUGCAGAUAUUAUAAAGCAAACUUGGUCAAAUGUGAUAGCCUAA